GAAGCUUAGAUGGAUUUAGAGUUGGAUUCCACUUUCUUCCUAAACCAGAACCCUAACUUGUUCUCCUCUGUUUCGGGGGACCCAUUCUCCUGGGACUACCACUUCGCUUUGGACGACAUCUUCAACUCCUCUUCUCGGAGCAGCGUGGAGUCGAAUGAAGUCUCGUCUGACGAGAAGGCGAAAGAAGGAGAGGCGGCGAAGGGGAGGAGGAUGUACAGAGGAGUGAGGAAGAGGCCGUGGGGGAAGUUCGCCGCAGAAAUAAGGGACUCCACGCGGAACGGCGUGAGAGUGUGGAUUGGAACGUUCGAGACGGCGGAGGCGGCGGCGCUGGCGUACGACCAGGCGGCGCUUUCGACGAGGGGGUCGAUGGCGGUGCUGAAUUUCCCGGAGGAAGUGGUGAGGGAGUCGCUGAAAGACAGUAAGCCCUUGGAAGAGGGUUCCUCCCCUGUGUUGGCGCUGAAGCGGAAACACACUAUGAGGAGAAAGUGGAGUUGUAAGAAGAAGAGUAAGAGCAAGAGCACGAGCACGAGCACGAGCGAGCAAUUAGGGCAGAAUGUGCUGGUGUUGGAGGAUUUGGGUGCUGACUACUUAGAACAGCUUCUCACUUUGACUUCCUCCUAGCUUCUCUCUUCAUUCUUUUCUCCUCUGUUUUUCCACUUCUUCCUAUACAAACUUCUAUUUUCUAAUUUUAUUCUUUCCAUCAACGUCUAAUAUUCCUCUUUCUCCUUCUCCUUUUUACUCAUUUCUCCUAGGGAUGGCAAAACGGCCAGCGCGCCCGUUUUGGCCGGCCCGCCAUUGGCCCGCCAAAAACGGGGCGAGCCGGGCUGGCCCGUCAAUGUAAAACGGGUUGAAAAUGCUGGCCCGUCCCGCCUAAGAUCGGGCUGGCAGGCCGGCCAGCUUACAAAAUAAAAAAUAAAAAAAAAAUGGAAAAAAAAAUAUUUUAUGGUCAAAUAAAAAAAAAUUGCUACAAAUAAAUAAAUAUAA